AUGUCUGAAAGGUUCAUCUCGCCAUUCCAUGGCGGCAUCGCAGUCAACUACUCAGGAAAUGUAGUAAACGUAAAGAAUCCAAACCUGGAAUUUCAUCACGACUCAUGCUCAAUAAAAUGCGGACUGAGAGAGGAACUGGACCGUUAUUUUCGAGGUUCAAGGUCUCAAAUGGAUUUAACGGCUGAGGAAAAGGUGAAAAUAUGCCUUAGCCUAUCGGAAGAGUGUAUUAAACCAGAUGAACUAUUGAGUUUGCUUCAGAAAAAAGAUUACACUCCACUAGCAUAUGACGGUUUUGAGCCUUCAGGAAGAAUGCAUAUAGCACAGGGACUGUGUAAAGUCGACACAGUAAACAUAAUGAGUAAAAUAGGAAUCAAGAGCGUUAUUUGGAUUGCAGACUGGCACGCAAUGCUAAAUAAUAAGUUUGGAGGUGACUUGAAAAAGAUCAGAAUUGUCGGCGAAUACUUUAUCCAUAUAUGGAAGGCAGCAGGAAUGAAUCCCGACUCAGUAAAAUUCCUUUGGGCUAGUGAUGAGGUGGAUAAGAACCCAGACCUUUAUUGGCGUCUUUCAAUGGACAUUAGCAGAAGCUUUAAUAUAACAAGGAUGAAAAGGUGUAGUCAGGCCUUGGGUAGAACUGAAGGUGAUGACCAACCGUCUGCACAACUACUUUACCCAGCAAUUCAAUGCGCAGAUAUAUUUUUCAUAGGGGCUGAUAUAUGCCAGCUAGGCAUGGACCAGAGGAAGAUCAAUGUUCUUGCAAGGGAAUACUCUGAACUUAGAAAAAUCCCUAGAAGCCCAGUGGUUUUGUCCCACAGGAUGCUACCAGGCCUUGUGGAGGGCCAAGAGAAAAUGUCCAAAAGUAAUCCAAAUUCCGCAAUUUUCAUGGAUGACUCUGCAGAGGAGGUUUCCUCUAAGAUAAAAAAGGCCUUUUGCCCACCUGGAGUUGUUGAUGGAAACCCGGUCAUUGCCUACUUCUGUUUCAUAGUUUUCAAACGGUUCAACUCGGUCACAAUUGAGAGGAAAGAAAAGGACGGAGGUGACGUAACGUUUAACUCUCCCGAAGAGCUAAAGGACGCUUUUCUCAAGGGUUCAUUGCACCCAGCAGACGUUAAAAACGCACUUGUAAAGUACCUUAACCUGAUGAUGCAACCCAUACGGGACUACUUUGAGGUAAUUUUGACCUUCAUUUUAAUUUCUUUAGCACAAUCAUGA